CGUCAACAGCGCAAGCGACUUUUCAUCUCCUCAAUCUCCUCUCAUCCAUCUGCCUACUUCAGGUAGUAUCAUCUCUUGAUAACUCAACCAAGUUGAAGCUACAAAAAUGGUACCACCUGUCGAAAAUCCCGCCCUGCCCCGCGCAGUCCAGGCCAUUUUAGACAAGGAUGAGAUCCGAACCGUCAUCUAUCGAUUCGCCCGUGGUGCAGAUCGCCUGAUCCGCGACGUUGUCCAGUCCGUCUACCACGAAGAUGCUACAGAUAACCACGGAACCUACAACGGCCCAGCCAAAGACUUCUUCGACUCAAUGGGCUCUAAUUCAAUCAAGGCCGCUCAUCACCAGAUCGGCCAGUCUCUGAUUGAAAUUGAGGAGGAUGGUCGCAAGGCGCAUGCCGAGACGUACUGCACCGCUACGACGAUCGUCGAGGUUGAACAGGGGGAGAAGUGGACUACGUUCUUGGUGCGUUAUGUUGACAACCUGGAAAAGAGAGAUGGUGAAUGGAGGAUAACUCACCGUUUCUGUGCGUUUGAUGGCGCCUCUGAGGCUGCUAUUAUGGGAUAUCUGCCAAAGGAGAACCUAGGUACCCGUGACGAGAGUGACUAUUCUCGAUGUGUAUUCAAGGAUUAGAAAUCUUUGACUUUUUCGUCUUUCCCGGAGCUCAUGUCAAAUAAUGAAAAAGAGGGACUAAUCCUCGAAAUAUUCGAUUCUUACCAAGCAC